CCCUCUGUCCCCUCCUGCUAGCCUCGGGGUUUCUCAGCUGGCCGAGGUCGAGUCAUUGUCAGUCAGGGACGCGAACUGCUGAGCACUGGCCGCGGACACUCCAUUGCAGUCUCGUCCAGGGGCUGGUGCCUGCGCUCGCGCCGCCGGGUGGAAAGGAUGAAGCCGCAGCUGGAGCAGCCACCCUAUGAUUGGCUGUGGCGCUUGUGAACCCAAAGUAAAGAUGGCGGGCGGGCAGGCAGCCGCCGCACUGCCCACUUGGAAGAUGGCGGCUCGCCGCAGCCUCGGCGCCCGCGGCCGGGGGGUCCUGCAGGCGGCGGCGGGGCGGCUGCUGCCGCUGCUCCUGCUGAGCUGCUGCUGCGGCGCAGGCGGCUGUACAGCGGCGGGCGAGAACGAGGAGACGGUGAUCAUCGGGCUGCGGCUGGAGGACACGAACGACGUGUCGUUCAUGGAAGGGGGGGCGCUGCGGGUGAGCGAACGGACCCGGGUCAAGCUGCGGGUGUACGGGCAGAACAUCAACAACGAGACGUGGUCCCGCAUCGCCUUCACCGAGCAGGAGCGGCGGCGCCACAGCCCGGGCGAGCGCGGACUGGGGGGUCCCGCGCCGCCGGAGCCGGACAGCGGCCCCCAGCUCUGCGGCAUCCGCACCUCAGACAUCAUCAUCUUGCCCCACAUCAUUCUCAACCGCCGCACCUCGGGCAUCAUCGAGAUUGAGAUCAAACCGCUACGCAAGAUGGAGAAAAGCAAGUCCUAUUACCUGUGCACGUCGCUCUCCACGCCUGCCCUGGGCGCCGGCGGCUCGGGGUCCGCGGGUGGCGCCGUCGGGGGCAAGGGCAGCUCGGGGGUGGCUGGGCUUCCGCCGCCCCCGUGGGCCGAGACCACCUGGAUUUACCACGAUGGCGAGGACACCAAGAUGAUCGUAGGCGAGGAGAAGAAGUUCCUGCUGCCCUUCUGGCUGCAGGUGAUCUUCAUUUCACUGCUGCUGUGCCUGUCGGGCAUGUUCAGCGGCCUCAACCUGGGGCUUAUGGCCCUGGACCCGAUGGAGCUGCGCAUCGUGCAGAACUGCGGCACGGAGAAGGAGAAGAAUUACGCCAAGCGCAUCGAGCCGGUGCGCAGGCAGGGCAACUACCUGCUGUGCUCACUGCUGCUGGGCAACGUGCUGGUCAACACCACGCUCACCAUCCUGCUCGACGACAUCGCCGGCUCGGGCCUCGUGGCCGUGGUAGUCUCCACCAUCGGCAUCGUUAUCUUCGGGGAGAUUGUGCCUCAGGCCAUCUGCUCCCGGCACGGCCUGGCUGUAGGAGCCAACACCAUUUUCCUCACCAAGUUUUUCAUGAUGAUGACCUUUCCCGCUUCCUACCCGGUCAGCAAGCUGCUGGACUGCGUCCUGGGCCAGGAGAUAGGCACCGUCUAUAACCGGGAAAAACUGCUGGAGAUGCUCCGGGUCACCGACCCCUACAACGACCUCGUUAAGGAGGAGCUGAACAUCAUCCAAGGGGCGCUGGAGCUCCGCACCAAGACGGUGGAGGACGUGAUGACCCCGCUCCGGGACUGCUUCAUGAUCACCGGCGAAGCCAUCCUGGACUUCAACACCAUGUCUGAGAUCAUGGAGAGCGGCUACACCCGCAUUCCGGUGUUUGAGGGGGAGCGCUCUAACAUCGUGGACCUGCUAUUUGUCAAAGAUUUGGCCUUCGUGGAUCCAGAUGACUGUACUCCCUUGAAAACCAUCACCAAAUUUUAUAACCAUCCCUUGCACUUUGUUUUCAAUGACACCAAGUUGGACGCUAUGCUGGAAGAAUUUAAGAAAGGUAAAUCUCACCUGGCUAUCGUGCAGCGAGUAAACAAUGAAGGAGAAGGGGAUCCGUUUUAUGAAGUUCUGGGAAUUGUCACCUUAGAAGAUGUGAUUGAAGAAAUCAUCAAAUCUGAGAUUCUAGAUGAAACAGAUUUAUACACCGAUAACAGAACGAAAAAGAAAGUGGCUCACCGGGAACGAAAGCAAGAUUUUUCUGCCUUUAAGCAGACAGACAGCGAGAUGAAGGUUAAAAUAUCACCACAGCUCCUCCUGGCCAUGCACCGUUUCCUAGCAACAGAAGUAGAAGCAUUUAGCCCAUCCCAGAUGUCAGAGAAGAUCCUUCUAAGGCUGCUAAAGCACCCCAAUGUCAUCCAGGAACUGAAGUAUGAUGAGAAGAACAAGAAAGCCCCCGAGUACUACCUCUACCAGCGCAACAAGCCUGUAGACUACUUCGUUCUCAUUCUGCAGGGGAAAGUGGAAGUUGAAGCUGGGAAAGAAGGUAUGAAGUUUGAAGCGAGCGCCUUCUCAUACUACGGUGUGAUGGCCCUGACGGCCUCUCCAGUUCCUUUGUCCCUGUCUCGUACCUUUGUUGUCAGCAGAACAGAGUUGUUAGCAGCAGGUUCUCCAGGUGAAAAUAAAUCCCCUCCUCGCCCAUGUGGCUUGAAUCAUUCAGACUCUCUCAGUCGAAGCGACCGGAUUGACGCUGUCACACCAACACUGGGGAGCAGCAAUAACCAGCUCAAUUCCUCGCUCCUCCAAGUCUACAUCCCCGAUUACUCGGUACGAGCGCUCUCGGAUCUGCAGUUCGUUAAGAUAAAAGAUGUUCUGUUCACCCUUCUAGCAGACGUGUGUUCCCUCUUCCCCUUCAUCUAUGCAACACCAACCAUGCCAUUGUGUUCAGCCUGGCUGAACCAACUGCCCUGCCCACUCGCCUGGCUUUGCUGGUGGAAAAGCUGGGACUGGACCUCAGCAUGGCAACAUAGAAGAGCAUAUUCUUUGGACAGUGUGAAGUCUUAAAAGAAGUGAGUACUAGUUCUGUACCUCUAAGUCACAGCCUGGUACAGCCAGUCCUAGGGGGAAGGUGGUCUCCUUUGCAAGGACUGCAAUCUGUCCUCCAUCAGUUACUCUCUACAUAAAAACAUUCAGAGUAUCCAGUCGAAUUGUCCCAUAUAUUGGCUGCUCAGUCACUAAUAACACAGUGCAGCUGGGCUAAGCCAGUGGUAUUUCCUAGGUAAGACCAAAGGCCUCAUUCAGGCCUCUCAAUUGGCUCUUGAAGAUGAAGAUGGCUUUAUAUUUCCUCCUCUGCUAUGCUAAGUCUGGGAGGAGGGUCAGAGCAUGCACAGAUAGGUCACUCUCAAGUUAAAAACAUCCAGCCUGAGUGUGGCAAGGCAGGUGCAGGUGCUCUUUGGGUUCAGUGGACAUCCUGCAUUCUCCAGUAAUUGGUGUGGAUGAUACACGUUCUCUUCCAUCACCACUUUGUCUUCUGUUCCUUCUUACUCUCCUCACUCACAUGUGACCAGUCCCUGAAGAACUUAGGGUGGAGCUUCAGGGACCCUCUGUGAUCCAUUCCUAAGCCACAUCUUUCUGGAAACUCUUUUUUCUCCACUCUUAGUCUCCAUUGUACAUUCCAAAAAGAAUCGUGCUCUGAGAAUUUAGCCUCUUACUGGUCCAUUUAUAGUCACUACUGAAUUUAUUUAACCAUGGCAUUUGCAGUCUGUUUUACUUACACUUGUCCUGUGGAUGGAGACAUUUCAGGGAAGAGCGGCUGACAGAAUUGGCUUUGAGACACUCCCUGACCCAACUACCACUCCCACCUCCCCAGUCAUCACCCGACUUCCUGAAAGUAGAAUGAGGUGUAUCUAUAGUCCAGUUAAAUGCCAUCUUGGGAGCCUGCUUUCCUUAGAAGCAGGGCAGAAGUGGCAGCAGAGCUGGGGAAAGAAAUCACUGUAGCACAUUCACUCUCAGCCUGCUGCCUUGGCUAGUUUUUUUCCUGUUUUACUCACUUGGUCUCGAUGAGCCCUUAGCUCAAAUCAGGAAAUGCUCCAAGGAAAAUGGAGGCAAUUUUUCCUGCUGUCAAGAUGAGAUUUGCCUAAACUUCCCCACCCCUGCAUCCUCGGAGUGCAAACACAUCUGUUAAUUUCUUUUUUUUUUUUUUUUUUUUUGAGACAGAGUUUCGCUCUUGUUACCCAGGCUGGAGUGCAAUGGCGCGAUCUCGGCUCACCACAACCUCCACCUCCUGGGUUCAGGCAAUUCUCCUGCCUCAGCGUCCUGAGUAGCUGGGAUUACAGGCACGCACCACCAUGCCCAGCUAAUUUUUUGUAUUUUUAGUAGAGACGGCAUUUCACCAUGUUGACCAGGAUGAUCUCGAUCUCUUGACCUUGUGAUCCACCCGCCUCGGCCUCCCAAAGUGCUGGGAUUACAGGCAUGAGCCACCAUGCCUGGCACAUCUGCUCAUUUCUAAGCUUUAUCCUGAUGCACUCUGGGGUUUCUAUUUCACAAAAAUUGUGCUCCCUAGAGACGUUUUUUGACUCGGCACUUCUGAGGAAACAAAUACUGAUCAGAGGGUCUUGUAGACAAAGUGGUAAAAACUGACUUUCUUAUAGCCUGGAGUUGAUUUCUGGAAACUUAUUUUAUACUUUUUGAAGUUAAUUUAAUAAAGACAUGAUUCCUUAUUACAGCCAAAAAGUUAAAUUCUAUUAGAUGGCUAAUAAACUUUUGCUUUCUUUGCAUGGUAGUUGCGACAUUUUCCCUCCAAGGGCCUCACAUCUGUGCUCUUAUUUGCAAGCAGUCCCAGGACAAAGGGAUGGUUCUAGGGUUCUUUUCUCUUUCUGCGCCUUCUCCCCUAGUAGAUGACUGUGAGGACCGAGGAUGCACGUUUCUAGGAGGGGAAUUAGUUGCCAGACUUCUCUAAAGUGCUUUUCCUGUCAGGGUAUUAGUGACUGCAGCGUUCAAACAGUAGGACAACACAUGACAGGAAUUUUUAGAUUGGGCCAGCUUUCCUACCGCAAUUCUAAGUCACUGACUUGAGGUCAGUGGGUUCAAAAAAUUCUGUUUCAAAAUACACCCUUAAAUCAAAGAUUACCUCUGGUGAGAACACUCUCUUAGACUGGACACUGAAUAAACAUUUUUCAGAGUGGGGAAGGUUUGCUUGGCAAAUCUUCUUUCCAAGUAUCUCAAGAACUUGUGAGACGUGGAAGGACUAUUGCUGUCUUUCCUGGGAAAAAUGUGUACUCAGCUGCUUGGGCUCCAGUUUGUGUGGGAAGGUUUAUCUCAGUCCAGACUCUUCAGGCCUGGUUUUUACCCCUGGCCAGACAUGGCUUUGGGAAGAGAGACCAGAGCAUUUAGGGACAUAUUUAUACCUAUUUUGUGUGAAGAAAUAAAGGGAGCAGAUUCAAAAGUCAUCAUUUUGUUUUAAAUUGGAAAACGGAUUCCUCAGUCUUACAGUAAACAGAGUAGGCAAGUUUGAGAUGUAAUGUUCUAUGUUCAGUGGGGACUACUGUUUUGUGUUAAAGCUCUACAGAGAAACUUAACUACUGUAUAUAUUUUAUUUUUGAGAUCACCUACCUUUGUUGGAAUUAGUCAGACUGUGUGGCCUUGAAAUGAAUACACUGUGUCUGAGGACAGGGAAAAAUGGUUAAGAAAUCCAGGUUAAAGAACAGUAAAGCUUUUUACUCAUUUUAUAAACGAAUGUCCUGCUGCCUGUUUAAAGGACUUGCUUUCUGCUCUGUCUAGAUACCUAGCAGUGUGAGAACAGGGUGGCGUGCUGCGUUCCUGUCGGAGGUGUGUGCCGGGCAGUGUGGUUUCUGCUUUCUGGCUGCCUGGGCCUGUGGUCAUCCCUGCUCCUUAGCAGUAGUGCAUGUUUUUCUUCCGUCAUCCUCAAGGCUGCUCUGGUAGAGAUUUCAUUCUCAGGGCCUCCCAAAAAGUUGUGUAUCAUUUGAAAUUGUUCUAUUUGAAGAAAACCAUUAAGAAAAGCUGGAUUCCCUGGCUACCAAUAAAGAUCAUCAAGAGAAAAAAAAGUAUUUGAGCCCUAAACUACGAAGCCAAGUGAGGAAUUGGAGUGUUAACUGUGUGGCAAUAGUUAGAUCAUAGUUACCAUUUUUCCCACCAUCAAAGAGAUUAAAUAGUUUCCAUAACGUGGAAUUUGGAUGAGGUUCCUGCCCUAAUACAGACUUAAAUAUGCAGUUGUUUGUCUCAGGCUAUUUGUGGUGAAUAAGCAGAGUAUUUAUUUAAAAAUGACCAGGCAGCACUGGAAAAAUUGCUGGGCUUUAAAGCUGUCGACAAAGUAUUUCUUAAAUAAAUAUGUCUGAUUUAGAAAUAUCUAAACAUGGACAACACAAUUUUUAAAACUUACAUGCAAUUGCAUGUGGCUUUUAUAAGUUGUUCCUUAAAAACAAUGCUAAUGUGACUUAAGGAUUUGUAGUUCUAUUAAAAACCACUUCUAAAAGUAUCUUAGGGUAGCUUGAAAAGUUUGCCUUAUUAUUUUAGGUCUCAGCAGAGCUACGCUUAUGGCAAGAGGAAAUAUCUUUGGUCUAAAUAGAACGUGGAACUUUCUUGGCUGUGACCAACUUUUCUGAAGUAUACCAUGAGCUUUCACUGACCAUCUUUGCAGAGAUGAUGUACUGGGCAAUUCCUCUCCCCAAGGAAACCCAGCAGGGCCUGGGUCUGCAGGGCCUGGGUCUGCUGUACCUCUCUGACCAGCUGCUGGGGACGCUAGGCUCCCUGUUAGUCAGUACAUAUUGUAAGGUUGGGAGCUCCAUCUAGCACCCAAGAAGGGGCUGCCUGGUGUUCUACAAUGCCUGUAAAUAGUGUUUUCAAAAUGCCUAGGAAAAAAUUCUGUAAAGAGAUGGCAGACUGGUCGUCUCAUGGUGUAAAACUCCUCAGAAAUUUUUUUUCAAAGGAAAAAGUAUACCUUUUAAGUUCAACUUCCUUAACUACUCGCAACAGAGAGAAGUUCCUAAUUUAUGUUUUAAAAAGCCCAAUUAUGGUUGCCCUUCCUACCCAUGGACCAUUGACUUCCCAGUACACUCUUUUUUUUUUUUUUGAGACGGAGUUUUGCUCGUUACCCAGGCUGAGUGCAAUGGCGCGAUCUCGGCUCACCGCAACCUCCGCCUCCUGGGUUCAGGCAAUUCUCCUGCCUCAGCCUCCUGAGUAGCUGGGAUUACAGGCUCGCGCACCACCAUGCCCAGCUAAUUUUUUGCAUUUUUAGUAGAGACGUGGUUUCACCAUGUUGACCAGGAUGGUCUCAAUCUCUUGACCUUGUGAUCCACCCGCCUCGGCCUCCCAAAGUGCUGGGAUUACAGGCGUGAGCCACCGCGCCCGGCCCUCCCAGUACACUCUUAACAAGAAUAAUAUACAGAGAGGCACCAUUUUGCUCUGGGUUUUGUGGAAUCCUAGACAGGUUUAAUAAUACAUUUCGGUGGUCCUAUGGAGAGUUGUGACUAGUAGUGGAGUUUUUAUUAGAGCUGGUUGUGUGCUUUUUACUUUCCUAUCUUGGGACCCAGAGAAUCACUUGCCAUGGAAUCAUCUGGCUGGUAAGAGACACUUAUAUGGAUGUAAUACAAAAAGCGGUAAAUCAAAGCCAUCAUAUGGCCCUAAAAGGGACAAUAUGUAAAUGUACUUACUAUGAUAAGGUAGCUCUGUAGAUGUAAUAUAUUCAUAAAGUCUUUGGGUUUAAGAAAAUUUAGGACUAUUUUAAACUGGGACAUCUCCAUCUUGAAUGAUAAUAAUUAGUAAUUGGGAUGACCACACAGUCUCCUAACAUGGGCAACAGUCUAAUUGCUAUUGCAAUUGCAUUUCUGACCUGAUUCUUUUAAAGGGGCAUAUAUUCCCAAUAGAUGAUAACAUUUAGAAUGUAUGUUUCUUGGAUGGAUGACUUAUUCAAAGUAGUGAGGCAGUAUAUCCUUGACUAAGUAAUCAGGCUAUGUUCCCUGCUUAUAAAAUGAAUUUUUUUUUUUAAAGCCUCACUUCACAGUCCUGUUGCAAAAGAACUUUCUGGGGAAAACACUGUGAGGCCUAUGAAAUACCAUGAAUAUAAUCAUGUUAGAACAUAUCAGUUCUUGAAUAUUUCUUUUUAACCAAAAGAGAUCUGGGAACAUUUUCACAUUCCUUGAAAAUACAUAUUUCCUUUAAGAGAAUGUCAAACAUGUUACUACACCAAAUCUAAACCCACUUGAAAACCAAUAGCUGUUACAGUUGUGCUACAGAAUAGGUCAGAGUCAGCAUUAGAAAUAUUACACUUUAUUGAAUUCUGGAGCAGCUAAUCUACCCUCCCCUGUUGACCAAUGACGAGAAUGGAAGAAAAUAUAUGAUGGCUAAACUAAGUCUAUAACCACUGUUUAAGAUGUUGGAAAAACUUUCACUGUACUGGUAAAACAGUUUUAAUACCCUAACAUAUACAGUGAUGAUUCAUUCUUGUUUAAAACAAGAAGUGAUUUCGACUUGGGAUUUUUUUUCUUGAGGGGUUUCACUCUUGUUGCCCAGGCUGGAGUCUAAUGGUGUGAUCUUGGCUCACUGCAAACUCCACUUCCUGGGUUCAAGCAAUUCUCCUGCCUCAGCCUCCCAAGUAGCUGGGGUUAUAGGCAUGAGCCACCACGGCCAGCUAAUUUUGUAUUUUUGAUAGAGACGGAAUUUCUCCCUGUUGGUCAGGCUGGUGUCGAAUUCCCGACCUCAGGUGAUCCGCCAAAUCGACCUCCCGAAGUGUUGGGAUUACAGGCGUGAGACACCGUGCCUUGCCUCGGGAUUCUGAGUGAAUUGUUUCACACUGAUUGUGCUCUCUGCUUUAGUAAGGUUCUGGCUUACAGAGCCCUCUUCCCAUCCUCUGAUGUUCAACUUUAAUAGACAGUAGUCAACUCUAGAGGAUAAAGAAAUCUGGAAUUGGGUAGCAUGAGCCACAGUUACACAGCCCACACUAAUGAAUGUUCUACUGUAGUAUAAGAAGGAAGUUCCUCCCUUUCUUUUCUGGGGACUUGUUCCUUUGUCCUCAUACAGCUAAAUUCUUUCUAUAGAUUUAUCACAGAUAAGGAAAAGGUGGCUUUUGGAUAACAAAUAAUAAGCAUUUGUGCUA